AUGGAUUACACGUUGGAGCCCAAUGUCACGAUGACCGACUACUACCCUGACUUCUUCACCACCCCCUGCGACACAGAGCUCCUCCUCAGGGGCGGCACGUUGUAUCUGGCCGUCUUGUACUGCAUCUUGUUUGUGCUGGGCCUUCUGGGAAACAGCCUGGUCAUCUUGGUCCUUGUGGCCUGCAAGAAACUGAGGAGUAUCACAGACGUCUACCUCCUGAACCUGGCCGCUUCUGACCUGCUCUUCGUCCUCUCCAUUCCCUUUCAGACCCACAACCUGCUGGACCAGUGGGUGUUCGGGACCGUGAUGUGUAAGGUGGUCUCUGGCCUCUACUACAUUGGCUUCUUCAGCAGCAUGCUCUUCAUCACCCUCAUGAGCGUGGACAGGUACCUGGCUGUCGUCCACCCUGUCCAUGCCAUCAAAGUGAGGACGGCCAGAGUGGGCACAGCCCUGAGCCUGGCGGUGUGGCUGGCUGCCGUCGCGGCCACCGUCCCGCUGAUGGUUUUUUACCAGGUGUCCUCUGAAGACGGCAUGCUACAGUGCUUCCAACUUUACGACGAGCAGUCUCUGAGGUGGAAGCUCUUCACCCACUUUGAAGUCAACGCCUUGGGUCUGCUGCUCCCCUUCGCCAUCCUCCUGUUCUGCUACGUCAGGAUCCUGCAGCAGCUGCAGGGUUGCCUGAACCACAACAGGACCAGAGCCAUCAAACUGGUGCUCACUAUAGUCGUCGUGUCUUUACUCUUCUGGGUCCCCUUCAACGUGGUCCUCUUCCUCACGUCCCUGCACGACAUGCGCAUCUUGGAGGGAUGUGCCACCAGGCAGAGACUGGCCCUGGCCACCCACGUCACGGAGGUCAUCUCUUUCACGCAUUGCUGCAUGAACCCUGUCAUCUAUGCUUUCAUCGGAGAGAAGUUCAAGAAGUACCUCGUGGAUGUGUUUCAAAAGAGCUGCAGCCACAUCUUCCUCUACGUCGGGAGACAGAUGCCAGUGGGGGCGUUGGAAAGGCAACUGUCCUCGAACCAGCGAUCUUCCCACUCUUCCACACUGGACUACAUCUUGUAA